AUGCAACUUCCUACCUUUGGAGAAGUGUUUUUGACAACUGAUGAUGUACAAGGAGGAUUAGAGAACUUGAAGUUGUUUAAAGGGAAAUUGAUUAGUAGUCUAUGUGGUGGUUGUAGGAAAUUAUUUGUAAUAGAAGAGGGUAUAGAUAAUUAAGGGUAAGAAGAUUAAUAAUAUUAGAAUAAUAUCAACUUUGCAUUCACCUGAGCAUGACGAGUAUGAUUAAACAUUUUCAUAGGAUUCAAAUAAUUUAUAAUCAUUUGAUUUCAAAGGAUCGAUAAAAACAAUAGUAACAGGUAAAAAGCAUACAGUUUUUUUGACUGAUUAAGGUGAUAUUUAUAGUUAUGGAUAUGGAGAAUAUGGAGCAUUAGGACAUGGAGGAAUAAUAGAAUUAACAAUACCAAAGAAAAUAAUAAGAAUUUCAAAGAUUGAUACAAUAGCAUGUGGUGAGUAUCAUACAUUAGCAUUAAGUAAUGGUGAUUUAUUUGCAUGGGGAAGAGGAUUUGAAGGAUAACUAGGAAUAAGGAAAGAUGUAGAGACUGCAGCAUCUCCUAUGUUUUUAAGUUACUUUUAUAAGAACAGAAUAAAAAUGAUAGCAUGUGGAGCAUAUCAUUCAUUAGCAGUAGACGAAUAAGGAAUUUUAUAUGGUUGGGGAGAGGCUAGAUUUGGUUAAUUAGGAACAGGAAGAAAAGUUUCAGAAUAAUUACCAUCAAGAAUUGAUUUUUAGAUUGAAUAGCCAAUGAAUUAGAGCGCCUUAAGAGUUGGUAAGUUUUAAGCAUAAGAAACUAAUUUUAAAGUAGUAUCUAUAUCUGGAGGAUAUGGACAUUCAGCAGCAGUUACAUAAAGUGGUGAAUUAUAUACUUGGGGAUUUAAUUAAAGAGGAUAAUUAGGGAAUGGAGAUAAGGAUAAGAAAAGUAGUUAUUAUCCAAAGAGAUUGAUGUAAGAUAUAAGUGGGAUUUAAUUACCUGGAUUUUGCAAGGUUAUGUGUGGAUAUUAUACAACAUAUGCAAUAGAUUUAAAAGGAGGUCUUUGGAGUUGGGGAGGAGGUAAUCUAGGACAUCAGAAUGAUAAAUUAGUAGAUUUACCUAGAAAAAUAGUAUUAGAAGAUCGUAAGUUCACUAAUAUGUAUGCAAAUGGAUAGGCUGCUGCAUUCUUUGCAUCAUUAAGAACUAUAUCUAUGAAACCUAAUCAUGGACCUUCAACAGGAGGAACUAUUAUUAGUUUAAUUGGUACAGGAUUCUGCGAUACUGGUAGAUAAAGUGCUCGUUUUAAAUUAGGAGAUAUAUAAACUGAAGUUGGAUGUGAAUAUGAUUCAUUAACAGACAGCUUUAGGUGUACUACUCCAAAUUUUGAAGAAUUUAUUGAUAAAUAUCCUGUUGAAUGUGUUGUCGAAGUUACACUAGAUGGAAAUGUCUAUGUUGAAUGUGAAUAGAAAUUUCUUAUCUAUUCAUCUAAAAUUGUUAUCUCAUCACUCUAUCCAAAAUGUGCAUCUAUACAAGGUGGUACUACUCUUAUUAUCAAUAUUAAUAUUGAUGAUUUGACAGCUUCAUACAUGAAACAUUUAAAUGUUGGAUUCUAACCUAGAAAUAAAAAAAAAGAAGAUAAAUCUGCUAUGAAAUAAAGCACUAAUAAGCCACUUAAUCCUUUAGAUCUUAGUAUCAAUGAUCCAGAAUUAGAUAAAGAAAAUUGGAUGUGUGUUGAAGGCUUUUAUGAAAAAGGAAAAAUCUCAUGCACCAUACCUAAUGUUAGCUAAUUAUAAACAGAUAGUCUUAACUUUAAUGUUGAUGUAAGUAUCAACGGAUAAUAAUUUACUGGUAAUCCUAUGGUUUUUAGAUUUUAUGAUAUCUAAAUAAAAGAAUUACAACCAGACAAUGUAAUGUCUGAAGGUGGAGCUUCCGUUAAAAUUAUUGGAGAUGGAUUCUUUGAUACAACCAAUAAAAGAGUAAUAUUUAAAACAAUGUUUGGAGAAAGAUUAAUUGAAAUCAUGUGGGACAAAUAAGAUAGAUUUUAUUCUUUUGUUGCUCCUCCUUUAUCAUGGCUUUUAGGUGGAUAAUAGCCAACAUCAGAAUUACUAAAUGCUGUCAAAGCAAGUGGAGUGACUGCUUUACUUACUCUUUCUGGUAUUGAAUGGAUACCUAUAGGAACAUUCUAUUAUAUUGAUCCUGAAGUAUUACGGUUGGGUCCAUUUAAUUUCGAUGAAAAGUUACCAGAGGAAUAAAAGAAAUAAUUUAUUCAUUAAGAGGAAUAAGAAAUUGAUCCUUUGAAAGAUUUAUAAGGCGCUGAUUUAUAAAAGAAAAAGGAUGAACUUUAAAAACUUAUAGAGACUGAAGAACAAGAAAUUAACUACUUCUUUAAAAAGGCUGGUCAAUAUAUAAGUGUUUAUGGGGAAAAUCUUGCAAAUACUGAAUCUCUUUUAGUUUAAUUCAUAUUUAAUGGUAACAUGGCUGUUAAUUAAAAGGUAUUUACAAUUAUAUAAAUAUUUAGGCUAUAUUUAAAAAUAAAAGUAAAUUAAUUGUUUAAAUUCCUGAAUUAGAGUUACCUACUGGAAUACAUGAUGUUGGCAUUGAAAUUACAUUCAAUGGUACAUCAUUUAGCCAUUCAGGCAAAGUAUUUAAAUAUAUGGCAUUUGAUAAAUCUUUGAAUGAAUAAUAGAAAUUAAAAUUAGAAGAUGAAGAAAUUAAAAAAUUAAAAAAAACACAACCUAAGAAGAAAUGA